GCGUUUGAUGCCGAACGAGGGAAGGAUCGGAUCGGACGGCUGGCGAUGGAUGGAAAAGCGAAGGGAUCAAAAAUAUCGGGGGGAGCGGUCCACGUGGAUCCAUCCUGAUCUGCGCUUUUGCUCUUUAUUCCCAUUUCCCCCAUUAUUAAAUUCCCAAUCUGUCCUUCCUUCCAUCCAGCACAGCAGCAGCCGCCGCCCAACCCAAGAAAAUAUCUUCGUCGCAUCGUCGUCUUCUUCCUCGCUCCCCUCUUUCCUCUCCCGACCCACCCGCCUCGCCUCCUCCGGCCGCCGGCAGAAGGGCCUUCCUUCUUUUCUGGUGGAGGGGAGGGGAGGGGACUAGAAAGAAAGAAGAAAUUGGCCCCUUGAUUCGGUUCGGGCCUCCAAUUGCUGCUGCAAUCGACUCAAAUCGAUCGGGGGUGGGGAUGGGAGAGGAGGCGGCGGACGACUACGACCUGGAGCUGCUGGGCGGCGCCGAUUGCGAGCGGGUGAUGGAGUGGGAGACUGGCCUCCCCGGCGCCGACGAGCUGACCCCGCUUUCCCAGCCGCUGGUCCCGCCGGGCCUGGCCGCCGCCUUCCGCAUCCCGCCGGAGCCCGGGCGGACGCUGCUGGACGUGCAGCGCGCGUCGGCGGCCACGGUGUCGCGGCUGCGGCGCGCGUCGUCGUCUUCAUCGUCGGGGUCCUUCCAGCCAUACUUCCUGUCUGGAGCAGGAGCAGAAGGAGGAGCAGCAGCAGCAGCCGCCGAGGCGACCAACAACUCGUCGAAGCGCCCCCGUCUGGUGUGGACACCGCAGCUGCACAAGCGGUUCGUGGACGUGGUGGCGCACCUGGGGAUCAAGAACGCGGUGCCCAAGACCAUCAUGCAGCUGAUGAACGUGGAAGGGCUCACCCGGGAGAACGUGGCGAGCCACCUGCAGAAGUACCGGCUGUACGUGAAGCGGAUGCAGGGGCUCUCCAACGAGGGGCCCUCCGCCUCCGACCACAUCUUCGCCUCCACGCCCGUGCCGCACAGCCUCGUCCACGAGCCGCAGGCGCAGGUGCCGGCGCCGGCGCCGCCCAUGUGGGUCACCGUCGGCAUGCUGACCGGCAGCAACAGCGGCAGCGGCGCAGCAGCGGGAUACGGAGGAUACGGAUACGGAUACGGAUACCAGCAGCAGCAGCUGGCGUCCCACCACCACCACCGCGCCGGCGACAAAUGACACCCAGCUACUGCUAUUGCUAUUGCUGCUGCUGCUGCUGGUCCUCCUUCCUAAUCAAUCAAUUAGUCAUUCAAUAAGACAAGUGAAUAGAAGAGAAGAGAGGUUUGCAGCACCAGCAGAUUUGAGAAUGUAUGCUGCUGCUGCUGCUGCUGCUGGAGAGGAGAAUUGCAUUGCAUUGCAUUUAAGCCUAAUUCCUGAUAUCAACCAACCAACCAACCAAUUGUAUAAGUGAGUUGACUGUGUAUUAGCCUGCCUGUCACAGAUUAAUAAACAAUUCUCUCUCUCUCUUUGUA